UCUGGCUCCCACUUCCCAGGCUGCUCUGUGAACCAGACCAUGUUUCAAAUCGAGGAGAACACGGUGCGCAGUGAGCCCCUGGUGGACAUCCAGGUGCCCCAGGGCCAGAAGGUGACCCUCGGGCCCUCGUCCACCCCCCACGCAUUUCGGAUCCAGGGGAACCAGCUGUUUCUCAACGUGACGCCGGACUAUGAGGACAGUACGAUGCUGCUGGCACACCUGGAGUGCAGGAGAGGCGACACGGUGGUGAGCCAGCUGAAUGUCUUUGUGACCGUGCUGGACGUCAACGACAACCCUCCCGUGUUCCCCUUCAAGGUCAAAACAAAGAAGGUGCCCGAGGACACGAAAGUGAACACCACCGUCAUCCCCCAAGAGGAGCUGGCGGCCACGGACCUUGACAAAAAUGACAUCUUGUUCUAUACCCUCCAGGAAGUGACGCCGGUCAGCACCCCUCCCUCCCCUGCUCCCCCCUUCCCCAGCGCCCGGCGGCCGCCCUGGUUCCUGCCCUGCCUCUACUCAGACCUUCACAUCUGCGUCCAAGCCCAGUACCACGGGGCCAUCCCCACAGGCCACAAACUGCCAGCCCCUCUCACCCUGCGACCUGGGCCCAUCUAUGCCGUGGACGGGGAUCGGGGCAUCAACCAGCGGAUCAUCUACAGCAUCCUGAGGGGAAACGAGGAUGGCACUUUUGUCAUCAACGCCGACUCAGGCAACCUCACCAUGGCCAGGAGCGUCCCCAGUCCCAAGACCUUCCUCUUGCUGGUCAAGGGUGAGCAGGAGGACCGGGCCCGGUACUCAGUGACCCAGGUCACCGUAGAGGCCCGUGCCGCCGCGGGAAGCUUGCCCCGGUUCCCGCAGAGCCUGUACCGCGGCGCCGUGCCUCUGGGCUCUGGUGUGGGCGUGGCGGUCAAGGAUGCAGCGGACCCCUCCCAGCCCCUGAGGAUCCAGGCCCAGGACCCCGAGUUCCCAGACCUCAACUCGGCCAUCACUUACGAAAUCACCAACAACUCCGACUUCCGGAUGGACGGGGAGGCGGUGCUGACCGCCACCCCGCUGGGGCAGGCUGGAGUCUUCUAUGCAGAGGUGCAGGCCAAGAACACGGUGACAGCGGGCACAGCGACCACAGUGGUGGAGAUCCAGGUCUCCGAGCAGGGGCCGCCCCCCACAGGCCCCCCAGGUUCCCCAACACCCCCAGAGACUGGAAGAACAACCCGGCCCUCAAGCAGCUCCACUUCGGAAGCCCCCAGGCCCCCCGAGCCUUCUCAGGGACCCUCCACGACCAGCUCUGGGGGGAGCAUAGGCCCGCACCCCACCUCAGGCACCUCUACUCCGGAACCCCCCAGGCCCCCCAAACCUUCUCAGGGACCCUCCACGACCAGCUCUGGGGGGAGCAUGGGCCCGCACCCCCCCUUAAGCACCUCUACUCCGGAAGCCACCAGGCCCCCCAAGCCUUCUCAGGGACCCUCCACGACCAGCUCUGGGGGGAGCAUGGGCCCGCAUCCCCCCUCAGGCACAACUCUGAAGCCACCUGCCUUGUCCACGCCUGGGGGCCCCUCGAGUGUGGGAACCAGCACUUCCCCCUCAUCAGCCUCAUCUAGUGGGGGCUCACAACAGACCUCAAAGCCAGGUACCUCCCAAAAGUGCCCAGGGCCCAGCAGAACCCCUCACCCUCAGUACAGCCUGGCCCCCGGGGUCCCUGGGAACACAGCCUCUGGGGGCAGGAGAGCUGGGGGGGGGGCACUGGCCUGGCCUGUCCCAGGGCGUCUGAGCCUGACCACGCUGCGCUUCUCGGCUGUGGAGAUGGGGGUCCUGGGCGGGGUGCUGGGCUCCCUGCUGCUCCUGGCGCUCCUGGCCCUGGUGAUCCUCUUGCACAAACACUACGGCCCCUGGUUCCAGUGCUGCUCCAGCAAAGCCCUGGUGAGCGGGGUGCAGGCGGGCAGGCCAGGGGGGCGCAGAGACGAGAGGAGAUACAGAUGGGCAGGGCUGUGCCCCGGGCUGCAGACCAAGGAUGGGGGGUGGGGGGAGAGUGACCUGCCGGCCCCCGAGGGCCAGCUCCUGGCGGCCUGGAAAACCAACUUCCGCUGUGCCCUGCGCAGCACCAAGCGCUUCGUGUUGCUGCACGACAACUCGGGAGACCCCACCGACCCGCACAAAGUGUUCACGCUCAGCUCCGAGGAGGGGUGCGGAGGAAGUCCAGGCGUUGGCCAGGGGGACCACAAGGCUCUUGAAGAUGCCCCACCCACCAGGGAGAUGCUGGCGAGAGUCCUGGGCCUGGACCAGCCAGGUGGAGCCGGGUGCCCGGCGCCCCCAGCCCCCUCGUGA